AAUGUCAUGACUGUGUGGACCGCGCGGGUCUCAUACCACGCCAGUUGUUAGUAUAAACAUCUCAGGGCUUUCGAGGAAGAAGCUAUGUUGUACAAAUCCCAGAACAAAAUCCUCUUUAUUUUCAUAGUGCUGCUUCAGUUGUUGCCCAGAAAUGCUGCCCAGUCGUGUGCGCGCAGCUGCGGUAAGAAGUUGAACACAUGCUCCUGUCACUCAACAUGUGAAUCUUUAAAAGAUUGCUGCUCAGAUUAUAAACAGUUUUGCCUCGACAUAACACCAUACUCCGGAUCUUUGUUUGGAGGAACUGAAUUUCAAAUUCUCCACGCUAUUUUUGAGCCAAACAUUAGCCUGACAUGUAGGUUUAAGUCUGAGAUUUUGACGGAGGGCUACGUGGAUGGGAAUGGCACGGGUCAUUGUAUCUCUCCUAUGCUGUAUGAGUUGGGCUGGAUCCCUUUUGAGGUUUCCACGGACGGAGUCAAUUAUGAUAGAUCUGGAAGAUGGAUGUCAGUUCAUCACAGUAAGCUGGACUUUUUAUACAAGAUCACGCUGCAGGAUGAAAAGAAGUGGCAAUACUACGGUACCCCUAAGGUCGGUGGAGAUUUAGAGAUGAGAUGGAUGUCAUCUCUCAUAAACUCAGAGAAAGUGAACAUCGAACUGUGGGGUUACAAUGAGACUGGGGUGCCAUAUUCUAGUAAUUGGGAGGCAGAAUGGAAGUAUCUGUACACCGUGGACAGAGAUGUGACCAACUGGGGAUUCUUCCGUUUUAUCCCGCAUCCCGCAGAAAAUCAGUACUCAAUGUGGCAUUUGGGCAGCAUGCGGGUCGUUGCCAGCACCAAACCUGAUGGAGCUCGGAAUGUGCAGGCUGUGUGGAGUGAUGCACAUGCGCUCGCCUGGCAUUUAGAGAAGGCCUUCAGAAACGACUCUGCAGGCUGGGCUCUGGAGAAGUGUCUCAUUUGGGACAAAGGGGAGAAAUCAAUACCCAGCUUUCAGAAUGAGAUCAUCGACUGUCCCUGUACUCUGGCUCAGGCCCGUGCAGACACCGGGAGAUUCCACACGGAUUACGGCUGUAAUAUUCAGGUGGCCAAUUCUUGUGAGUAUCACCCAGGUGCGGUACAUUGUGUCAGAGCCAUACAGGGCAGUCCUCAGUAUGGAGCCGGUCAGCAAUGUUGCUAUGACAGUGCCGGAGUUCAGGUUCUCACAGCGGACUCUAUUGGUGGCAGCACCCCGGACCGAGGGCACGAUUGGGGGUCACCACCGUACGGAAAACCACCUAGAGUUCCUGGAUUGUCGCACUGGAUAUACGACGUCAUCAGUUUCUAUUACUGCUGUCUUUGGUCAGAUAACUGCGAGUAUUACUUUACUCACCGGCCGUCUAGUGACUGCAGAACAUAUCAUCCUCCUAGAGCGGCUGCUGUACUUGGUGAUCCCCACUUUGUGACGUUCGACGGUGUGAAGUUUACCUUCAAUGGGAAAGGAGAGUAUCAUCUAGUCCAGUCCUCAUCUUAUCAGCUGUCUGUUCAAGGAAGGACCGAGCCAAUGAAAUCAGAGAAUGGUUUAAUCACUAAUGCAACACGACUCUGUUCUGUGGCCAUGAGGGAGAAAGACUCUGAUGUCAUUGAGGUGCGACUUGGAGACCAAAAAGAUGAGCUACAGGUGUUAAUGAACCAGCAGGUUCUUGCGUUCUCCGAGAACGAAUGGAUGGAUCUUAAAGGCGUUUUUGUUUUUUCCCCGAAACCAUCUGAUGUGACGGUGAUGUUUCCAUCGGGUGCAGGGGUGGAGGUCAGAGGAAGUGCAGGGGUCAUGACCCUUACUGUUCUACUGUCCGAUGAAUUUCAGAACCACACGCAGGGCCUGCUUGGUACAAUGAACAAUGAACUUGAAGAUGAUUUUACUUCUAGUAACGGUGUGAUGAUUCCACUCAGCAGCAGUGCUCAGGAUAUAUUCACAUAUGGUGCCGGCUGGGCUGUUACCAAUGAAACUUCACUGUUUACUUACGACUCCGCCAACCUCCUGGAUGAAUACUAUUAUGCUGCAAAGCACGAUCCAUCUUUCACCCCAGAUUUUUUUGUGACUGAAGACCCUGAAGACCCCCUGUAUGAGGCGAUUCUGCAGAUGUGUUCAGGGGAGGGGGCACAGUUUUGUAAAUAUGAUGCGCUAAUCACCCGCAGUCUGGAACAAGGCAACGCCACAUUGCUGUCCUUCAAGGGUUAUACGUCCAUAAAGAAAGCUCUGAAACCUGUACAGACCUGUGGUUGGUUGGCACCACCCCACAAUGGUAAGAAAAAAGGAACCUUGUACCUAGAAGGAGCAAAUAUCACUUUCUCGUGUAAUGAUGGAUACAACCUCUAUGGAUCCAAGCAACGCACAUGUCAAAAGGACGGCACGUGGUCUGGACGGGAUACAAGCUGCGUGGCUGAAAAUAAUCUGGCCAUAGUGUUGGGCAGUAUUGGUGCGGUGUUGGCGUUGGUUGUAAUGGUGAUUGCAAUCGUUGUUUACACAAAGCGACAAAAGAAAGAAGCAAAGAGACAACAGGAUGACAAGGUGACCUAUCGUGCAACAAACCUGUGAUGAUCACCAAAUCCAUUAGAUGAACUUCUUCAUACAUUUUGUGCAGGUGUUUUAUUGCCAGUGUUAGAAAACUUAAAUCUUACAUUUUUUUUGUUCAGAAAUUUAAUUGAAGACAAAUAAUGACCAUUAGAUACAGUAAUAGUUCAGAGUUAGUUAAUUCUAGACACUAAACACUGUUGAGUAAAGUUAUUAUUUGCAACUUCAUCUACUUACAACUUGUGGGCUUUAGAUUUGGAUUUUUAUUACAAUGGACUGCACACUGCUUUGUACAAUAGUUCUCUUCAGCUAUACAAAAUAGAGGAUCUAAGCAGUUUCUUAGCAGCAACGGAAUAGCAGAGCCAUUUUUGGUUCACCAGAGAACAUUUUAAGUAAAUGUCUUAAGUAGCACGGGUAUAUUUGUAGCAAUAGCCAAAAUACACUGUAUGGGUCAAAAUUAUCCAUUUUUCUUUUAUGCCGAAAAUCAUUAGGAUAUUGUGUAAAGAUCAUGUUCCAUGAAGAUAUUUUGUAUUUUCCUGCCGAAAAAAAUAUCAAAACUCUAUUUUUGUAAGUGAUGCAGUUCCUAAGUACUUCAUUUGGACAACUUUAAAGGGAAUUAUCACAAUAUUUAGAUUUUUUGCACCCUCAGAUUCCAGAUUUCCAAAUAGUUGUAUCUCGUUUUAUAAAUCUCAAUAUCAAAAAAGUAUUAUUGAACCCUUAUGAUCUUAAAAGAUCCAAUUCUUUCAUACCUUUUAGUCUGUUGAACCUUUUUAUUUUUUUUUACAUGGCAAAGCACCAUUAUUGCAACAAGGGUGCGUUUCCCAAAAGCAUUGUUAGCAAACUACUGUAGUAAAUUUCGUCGUCACUGAUUAAGUUCAACCAUUUGGUUUUUCUCGAAACCAUAGUUCAAAUGAACAUUCACAAGCUGCAUCGCAAACUUGUGUGGUUUCGGUUUGAACGACAGCUCAUCACCUGUGGUUAGAAGCAUAGUAAAUUAUUAUUAUAAUAUGUAGACUUACGUUGAUCAUGCUUUUGAACAAAAUAAGCAAAAAACAUGUAGUACAUUCUAUAUCCAUCAUUCUAAAUAUAUAAACAUUUUAUUUGAAGUCUUUAAGUUUGUAAACAGAAUUAAAGCGCUGUAUUUGAAAACAGUCCUACGAGCUUUAAGACCCUGGAGAAUCCCUGGGAGGGAACUUGCGCAUUAAUUAAAUAUCUUGAAAAUAAACAACAGAUAACUAAAUCAUAAUAACAAAAUCAGUCUUCCGAUGCAUAUUAUUUACAGCUAGGGCUGUCACAAUGAUUAAAUAAUCGUCUCAUCGCGAUUGUUUGACCUCAUCAUGAUGAUUACAGAUCACCGCAAUGAUUGCACAUCUCUCUAAAAACACAAGGGGGAGCUGCAGGAAUUAUUUUCAGACACUACAGGCAUGUGGUCCAGUACUUAUAUGAUCUUAGCAGUAAUUAAUUGCUAACAAAGUUAUUACUUUUAAAUAUGUAUUGUGUAUUCAUAUUUACUGCCAGGUAAAACAAAAAUGAUGUGAAAAUUAUUUAAUGAACAAACCAAAAAAAAUGUAUGAGAAUUAAAUGUCAAAGCAAUAAAACGGGCAGUUCUGGUUCUUCAUUCUGAUUGGUUGAAACGCGUUCUAAGCCGUGAUAAAAUACACCGGUAACCUCACGGUUCAGACCACAUUACAUAAGUAUCACUGCGCCACUGUUGCUGCGUACUGAUUUAUGAAAAUAAACACCACAGUCUAUAAUCAUAUUUUUAAUUUGUCUACAAUUGCACAAUUAAUGGCGAUAUCCAGAUAAAUGUCAAUAAAUGUUGUUGAGUCAUCUCGUCGAUAAAGAGAAAACGUUGUCUGAGGAUUUUAUAACUCAAGUUCAUACGUCCGCUAUUAUCCACUGGGUGGCGAUCUUACCCAACUUAAACACUGACGCAUUCACUGAAAACACCGUGUAGUACUGUUCAUGGCUCCGUCUGAAUCUGAUCUCUUACUAAAGUUCUUCACAAAAAUGGAAUUAUCUCCGCUUUUAAUAAAAAAAUUUGAGAGGUGAUAAGAGAUCAAAUGAAGGUAGGAUGAAAUGUUUUUUUGUUUGUUUUUGUUUGAAAGCGGAUGGUCUGUUCUUUCAUUUGAUAUUUUAUGUUUAUAUAAAGAAGAUAAUUUUCUGGAAGGCAUUAAACUAAAACUGGGUGGCAACUUAAAAAAAAAAAAAACGCUGACGGGGAAAGAGUUCAGCAUGCUUCCAAGCAUAUUUGAUCAUCACUUCAACAGUUGCACGAUAUAAAUGUUAAUGUAUAAAUUAGAUGAAUGGUGAUUUAUAAAAUAAACACCACAGUCUUAAAUCAUAAUUUCAUUGUGUCUUUGCUGUGUCUGUGUUGGUUGGGAACUGCACUCUGUUUCAGUCACACUUGAUUCUGAGGAACUACUUUGUUUGGCGGAAGAGUAAUAUUUGUACUAAUAUAAUUACAACUUUUUUGGGUUUUAUUUUAUAAAAUCCCGCUAACGUUAUGCAUAUGAAGUAACCGUUUUAUAAACGCAAUAAACCCCUCGAAGCGUUGGGUUACCAGUGCAUUUUAUAACAGCUAAGGGGGUUUAGGCACUCCGCUUCGCGUCAACAAAUUACACAACAAAUGUAAAACGGCUUCAGAAUAAUUGCAGGGACAAAAGUAACACACAGGUGGGUCAAAAGUAACACAACAACACAAGAUAGAUUUUUUUUAAAAUAUACACGACUAUGACCUCGUUAAUAUGUAACUGCAAACAUAUUCUGUCAUUUAUCUUUGUUAAAAAUAAUGAAAUUACAUUUUCAUUUUAAAUUUCAGUUUUAUCAAAUGUUUCGAUAGCAACCAACAGUGCAAACUUAAAUUGUUGAGAAUAAAACAUUUUUCCAACAGUUUGAACACUAUGAAAAUAAAAUUAAAUUAAAUUAGAAUAAUAUAAAUUUUCAA